AUGGACCAAUUGGAGCUGACAGCUGCCAACUACGUGGACUCUGAUGAGGAAAAGGACAUGCUCAAGGAGCAAAAAAUCAAAGAUGCCAUCGAGGCUAACUCAGGCUUCACUGUCUGCAUCUUGAAGAUCAAGUUCCUCAUUGAUGAGGCAGAUGGCCCAGAACAGAUCACAGAGGAAUGGCUUUUGAGCCAGGUUCCAAGGGUGCAAGCAAUUUGGUCCAUGCAGCUGGCUGGACAACAGACCCAACAGCUUGUGGAACCUACUGCCAAUUUGUUGGCCCUUGGACACAUGAUCAAGGAACAUCAGAAAAGGCAUGAUGCCAAACAUCGAUAUCGAAUGAGAUUGGACAAAGUCACCAUGAUCAAACCAAAAAAAGGUUUUCCCAAGCUUCGUGGUCGAGCAGCAGACAUUUCUGGAAUGGCACACUGCUUGUAUGAUCUGUGGCUGCAAUUCAUGGAUGGUGGCAACCAGCAGCACCAACAGAUUCGACUUUUUUUGAAAUUGAAUUGGGAAUUGAAGGAUUUGCUGGACACUUUCAGCCCCACCUAUGGCUACUUUGCCAUACCAUCCACUGAACACCAACAAGUCAUGAACAAAGGAUUGGCCAUGGCACAGCUGCACAACCAGCUCUCCACACAUUUUGUGGAUCACGAAGACCAGCUGUUCAACUUGACUACCAAGACUCACUUUGCUUUGCAUUCAUUGCAACUUAGUUGUUUCAUUCACCCCUUUCUGGUCCAUUGUUACAAGGGUGAAUCAACCAUGCACAGAAUCCAAAUUCUGUGGCGAUCCUGUUUACACGGUUCCAAGCAUUGGCAGGCAGGCAAGAAAGCUGCCUGGAAAGAGCGCCACUUGCUUUGGUUGCAGGGCAAGGUUUGA